CUUGUGUGGCACCACGUGGACUUCCCGUACUCUCCGCCAUUAAACACAAUGAAGAAAGCGUCAGAUGUAGUCUCGCGAGAAGAAUACAUUCUCAUUACUACGUAAUGUGCCGUGCUGCUUAUGGCGGCGCUGGUGACAGUGCUGAAAGCUGUUGGGUAUGAAGUGUAACAGAACUGAUUUUUGUACCAUCUGAAACUGCUGCUUCAAGUUCAGAUCACACCGAAGUAACAAAAUAGAAACGACACAAGACGAGCAAAAUCCGCAACCACGCUCCGAGACGACUACGACAACAAGAAGGAUCAUUUUGAAAAAACGGAAAAAGAAACCAAACAACGCAACCAAAGAACUUAAGAAGACAAGAAGACUGCUGAAGAAAAGCCUACCAACAUCAACAUACGACAACGCAAAAAAACAAAAGCAAAAAAAAACCAAGACAUUACUUGAUCUGAGACCAGAAGUUUGUGCCUACUCAACAGCUUUGACAAAGCACACGUCCCAACGCUGCUCACAGCCCUCCUCCUCAUCCUCGCCGCGUCUUCGUCUCGCUCGGGGUUUGGAGAGGGCUGCUCUUCGCUAGUUUUGACAUAGUUCCCUCCUGUCUCCCUCUCUCCUCUCUGUUUCUUACACUUGUUUAUUUGUUGAGAAAAAACAAAAAACAGUGUUAUUACACCUGUCUGCCUUUUUAUUUUAUUUUUUUCUUUUGGAAACUAAUCAGAAACGCUUGCCAGAAACGUGGAAAUCGUAUUUUGUGUGUGUGUGUGUGUGUGUGUGUGUGUGCGCGCUCGUACGUGUGAGUGAAUAGAACAGGAACCUGCAACACCUUUACGUCUGCGACUGUGAGACGUCACCCGAAGUUCCAAGACACAGAGCAAGUGCGUCCCGGUCCUCGCCCCCUUUUUUGAGAUGGAGCAGGUGUUCCCUGAGCCCCCUGUGCCACCCACCGACGCCCCUGCUCCCGCCCCCGCCUCCGCCCCCGCCCCUGCCGCCACGACUCCGGCCAUCCCCCGCUCCUCCUCCGUCUCCUGCCACGGGUCCCGUGCGUGCGGGGGCAAAAAGGCCAAGCGGACCCCCUUAUACCAGAGAUCAAUGAGCUUUGACCCUGGCCUGCUGCACAACAACGGGCACUCUGCCUUCGCCAACGGCACAGGGAGCGGUCUGAGGGAGACCGGUGUGGUGGAGAAGCUGCUGACCUCGUACGGGUUUAUCCAGUGCUCCGAACGCCAGGCCCGCCUCUUCUUCCACUGCUCCCAGUACAACGGCAACCUGCAGGAGCUAAAGCUCGGAGACGAUGUAGAGUUUGAGGUGUCCUCAGACCGGCGCACUGGCAAGCCCAUUGCAGUGAAGCUGGUGAAGAUCAAGCCGGAGGUGCUGCCGGAGGAGCGUAUCUCAGGGCAGGUGGGGCCUGAGUUGUACGGCGCGCCCUUUACUGUGCUGCAUGGUUUUAUUCAUCCAGUAGUGUCUGCCAUCCCGACUCACCUGGAUGGGAAGUCGGCCCCAGGGCAGGUGCCUACGGGCAGCGUGUGCUACGAGAGGAACGGGGAGGUGUUCUACUUGACAUACACACCGGAGGAUGUGGAGGGGAAUAUGCACCUGGACACAGGGGACAAAGUGAGCUUCUACAUGGAGACAAACAAGCACACCGGUGCGGUCAGCGCUCACAACAUUGUUCUGGUGAAGAAGAAGCAGAUGAGAUGCCAGGGUGUAGUCUGUGCUACCAAGGAAGCUUUUGGGUUCAUCGAGAGGGGCGACGUGGUGAAGGAGAUCUUCUUCCACUACAGCGAGUUCAAAGGCGACCUGGAGGCACUGCAGGCAGGGGACGACGUGGAGUUCACCAUUAAAGAGAGAAAUGGCAAGGAGGUGGCCACAGAGGUGCGGCUGCUCCCCCAGGGAACGGUCAUCUUUGAGGACAUCAGCAUUGAGCAGUUUGAAGGCACCGUCACCAAGGUUAUCCCCAAGGUCCCCAACAAGAACCAGAACGACCCGUUGCCUGGGCGCAUCUGUGCCAGGAUCAAUUUCACGGAAAAGGAGCUGCUCUUCGGGGAGAAGGACACCAAAUCCAAGGUGACGCUGCUGGAGGGCGAUCACGUGCAGUUCAACAUCUCCACCGACCGCAGGGACAAGCUGGAGCGAGCCACCAACAUCGACAUCCUGCCUGACACCUUCCACUUCACCAAGGAGACUCGCGAGAUGGGUGUGAUCGCUGCCAUGCGGGAUGGCUUCGGCUUCAUUAAGUGCGUCGACCGGGAUGCUAGAAUGUUCUUCCACUUCAGCGAGGUCCUGGAAGAGAGCCAGCUGCACAUCUCUGACGAAGUGGAGUUCACCGUCGUUCCUGACAUGCUGUCGGCUCAGAGGAACCAUGCAGUACGAAUCAAGAAGCUUCCCAAAGGCACGGUGUCCUUCCACACGCAGUCAGAGCAGCGCUUCGCCGGGGUGGUGGAGAAGGAGGCCAUCGCGGCCUCUACCUGCAAGAACGCCAGUCCCAGCAAGACAAAGGAGAAGGAUGCGGAAGAGGGCGUAAUCGCGUAUGAGGACUGCGGCGUGAAGCUGACCGUGGUCUACCACUGCAAAGACCUGGAGGGCAGCGCUCAGCCGCAAACCGGAGAUAAGGUGGAGUUCUCCAUCAGUGAGGUGAAGAGGACCGGCCUGCAGAGUGCCGUUAACAUCAAGAUCCUCAACCGCACGGUCAACACCAAGAGGCUGCUGGGAUACAUCGCCACGCUCAAGGACAACUUCGGGUUCAUCGAAACCGCCAAUCACGACCAGGAGAUCUUCUUCCACUACAGUGAGCUGUGUGGGGACCUGGAGAGCCUGGAGCUGGGGGACUCUGUGGAGUACACCCUGUCCAAGGGCAAGGGCAACAAGGUCAGCGCCGAGAAGGUCACCAAGGUGGCAGCUGUGAACGGUCUGGGGGAGGACGUGGGUGCGGCCGUGUCUUUGGGGAAGGUGCUGCGCCCCCUGCGCAGUGUGGACCCCUCACAGACGGAGUACCAGGGCCUGAUAGAGGUCACUGAGGAGGGGGGCACCAAGGGCCAGAGCUUCCCGUUCGGCAUCGUGGGCAUGGCGAAUAAAGCGGACUGCUUGCAGAAGGGAGAGAUUGUGAAGUUUCAGCUGUGCACUCUGGGGCAGGCCGGGCAGAUGAUGGCCUGCAACAUUAUUCCCCAGCGCCGGGCUCUGGUGGAGUGCGUCAAGGACCAGUUUGGUUUCAUCACGUAUGAGGUUGGGGAGGGGAAGAAGCUCUUCUUCCACGUGAAGGAGGUCCAGGACGGGCUGGAGCUCCAGGCGGGGGACGAGGUGGAGUUCUCGGUCAUCCUUAACCAGCGCACGGGCAAGUGCAGCGCCUGCAACGUGCGCAGAGUCAGCGAGGGUCCCAAACCGGUGGCCACGCCCCGUCCCGACCGCCUGGUGAACCGCCUGAAGAGCAUCACCCUCGACGAUGCCAGCGCUCCCCGCCUGGUCAUCGUCAGGCAGCCGCGUGGCCCCGACAACUCCAAGGGCUUUAAUGUGGAGAGGAAAAUCCGGCAAGCUGGCGUCAUUGACUGAUCCGCCCUCCACCCCCCCAUGCAGUGAACAGAGGGGCUCGUAGAAGCCCUGAGAUGUGAUUGACAGGGAAUGGGGGGGCUGCAUUGUUGCUGGAGAUCUGCAUGCGCAGCCCCUGUUCUCGUCCCGCCCCUUUAACACAGAACCCCCUCAUUCCAUUGGUCCUCUGCUCUCCAUGUGGGUGUGGCCUCCGGGAUGCCAGCUGGGCUCAGCACUGCAGUGUACUGUGGGAGCCCUUCUGUUCUUCCUGUGUGUGUGUGUGUGUGUGUGUGUGUGUGUGUGUGUGUGUUUGUGUGUCUGACGGAGAGUGAGUACGUGAAACCAUGGAGAUGGUGUGGUGAGUAGAGGAUAGGUUUGGAGGGUGCUGUAACCCCCCCCGCCGCCCCCCCCCCCUCCAGAACAAGGAUAACUAUCCCACAACUUCUCCAGUGCCCAUCUCCUCUGAAACUGGAAAGGUUGUCAUUGGCUGGAGUCUGGAAUUCUGCGCCCACAGUAUAUGUUUGGUUGUGUGUGUGUGUGUGUGUUUUUGUUUUUAUUUCAUUUUUUCUGCAUCCUCUUCACCUCCAUGCAAGAGACGGGGAUUCAUUUAUUUGGAUUUGUUUUUUUUUUUUUUUUUUUUUUUUUCAAGUGUAAUGGGUGUUUUCUAAUAAAUAAAUGAAACAAAGUUUAGAUGUGGAGUCGCAACGGAGACUUGAUGUAUUUGUCAGAUAUAUGGAUGGACACACACAGAGGUACUUCCCUGCUCGGUUUUCAGAGCAGUUUUAAACCAAUAUCCGCGACCUGGCGUGAAAGUGCUGUGUUUGUGACGUCAGUCCUCAUAUGUAUGUGAUUGUGUAAAUCACUCCCUUUUUUGGGAUGUUUUCUUUUUUCUUUUUUCUUUUUUUUUCCUCUACCCCCUCAUGUGUGGUGAGAAAUUGCAACCAUUUUAUCUCCGUUAAGGUGAGUGUUCUGGUGCAUACCUGCAGGUCUCCUUCCCCGGGUGCAGAAUUCUGAAGUGGGUCUUCGAGCCAGCGGUUCUUGUGCUUUUAUACAACAUACAUUUCUUUUGCACAUUUCAGCUUUUUGUUUUUCGUUUUUUUUUUUUUUUUUUCAUUGAAACAUAACAUUUCUGCUUAAUAAUUACGAUAAAAUACAAAAAUAAGGUGCCUAAAAAUACAUAAAAUAAAAAUGAGUAAAAAAAUAAAAGUAGUAAUGUACCUUCUUUCCCCAGCCAAUCGCCAAAAUAUAAAGAACAAUCUUAGGAUGGCUUUUUUUUUCUUUUCUUUUUUUUGGUAGAAUAAAUGCAGGUUUGCAUCCCAAUUAACUGUGGGUUGAAAAUAUACUGUAUGUAUCGUGUGCUUUUUUUCUUAGUCGAAAUUCCAACAUCAUGGUAAAACAUAGAAAAUAAACAAGAUGUUAACUUGCUUAAGUUAAGAAAGCAAAAGUAAUACAAAGUAUUUAAGUACAAAAUCAUUACGAGAAUCAGGAUUUCGAUUAGUGAAGGAGAGGAAUUUGGAAGGGGCAUCUGCUGUGCCUCUGCUGACACAUGGAGUCAUUACUGUUAAAAUUAAACUGGAGGAGACUGGGUUCCUGUUGAACCACAUACAGAGCUUCUCCCAUGUACUUUUGUUAAUGGUCAUGAAUGAAAGAAAUAAACGUUUUACGAAAA